AAACAGAACCAAAACCAAACUAAAACAAAACAAACCACUACAAUGGGCAUAGUACUUCAUAAGAGCUGAGUCCAUUUUCUCUUCCAGCCGUGGGAGCUCCAUCAUGAUUCCACAAGUAGUGACCAAUGAGACCGUCACAGUCAUUUCGCCAAAUGGAAUGAACUUUGCCCAAUCCCACCAGAGUCAAGGCAGCCUGAAGAAACAUCUAAAGGCAGAGAUCAAAGUGAUGGCGGCGAUCCAGAUCAUGUGUGCUGUGACAGUGCUUAGUCUGGGAAUCAUUUUGGCAUCUGUUCCUCCUGUCCCACAUUUUAACUCAGUGUUUUCAGUCCUGUUAAAAUCUGGCUACCCAUUUAUAGGAGCUUUGUUUUUUAUUGUCUCUGGAAUUUUGUCCAUCAUUACGGAGAGAAAGUCAACAAAACCUUUGGUAGAUGGCAGCAUGACUCUGAACAUCCUGAGUGUUUCCUUUGCUUUCAUGGGCAUCAUUAUCAUCUCUGUCAGCCUGAAUGGUUUGCAUCAUGCCUCAGAGCAGUGCAUGCAGAACAAGAAACUUGGACCAAAUGAAUAUGAUUUCUUCCAACCUUUCUACAACACAGGCAGGAAUGAGUGCACCAUCACCAUGUCUGUUCUGGCUGGAGUCCUUUCGGUGAUGCUGAUCAGCAGUGUGCUGGAGCUUGGCCUGGCUUUGCUCUCUGCCAUGCUGUGGUCGAAAGAGGGUGCUCUGACUUCCGUUGGAAUGUGAUUUUCCUGUCUUAUAACUCCAGUAAUGAAGCCAACAUGGAAUCAAAGGCACUUUGUAACCCUGCAUAUGAGGAAUGAUUGGUUUGUUAAGAAAAACAAAACAAAACAAGACAAAACAAAAUACCCCAAACAAGUUGGAACUAUACAACAAAGGGCAUGUCUUCAUGAUAAUGCAUGAAAUUCAACCAUCACAAGGUAGCCAUGCUUGUUACUUAAAAUGUAGGCUGUUUAUACACUGAAUGCCAGUAUGAGCUGAAUGGGUGUGUUAGUGGGUGUGUUAGUGGGUGUGUUAGUGGCAUCCUAUUGAUUUUCAUGACCUUGGCUUCAGCACACACAGUGUGCUUGGCUACACACAGUGGCCAGAGUCCCAGGUAUUUUUCAGAAAACUAAUGAAAUGUUUCAGGGCAUUGUGGUGGAGCAAAGGGACAACAGUUAACCAUUAACAGUUUCUGUACUCAGAAUUCUUGUGAUGGCAUGGGUCUUUUAUCAUAUCAAUUUUAUUCACUAGCACAUAGAAACAAGUGACCUCUGAUAAAGUCUCAAGGAGUGUUCAUGAUGUUGGUUCAAAAUAAAGUCUUUUUUUGAUUGUACAUUCUA